AUGAAUAGAUCACCGUUAGCCUUGGACCUUGGGGCCCCGCCGCCGUAUCGCCCCGUUCUAAGAGGCGACUACUUCCUGCUGCAGCAGCAGCACGGCGGCGACGGCAGCGACGUGCACGAAAACCAUUUCGAGGACUAUUUCGGGGGCGAGUUCGCGAACGACCUCCAGCUUCCGGACCUUCCCCUUGGCUCGUCGCAGUCGCCCUCUGCUGGCUCCGCGCGCUCUGCCUUGUCCUCUGACGACGUUGAUCUCCCAGUCUCGGUUUCGAGUGGUAGCGACGUGCGUCCUGACCACGACUUUGACCACGGCUACGACUACGACGGCGACGGCGACGGCGACAGCGACAGCCAGCGGCCAUCAGCAGCCUCGCCGCCGUCCCCUUCCCGCUCUGUGCCAUUCGCCCUCUCCCUCUCCGUCUCGCCGUUGUUGUCCGCUCACUCACGACAGCAGGCGGCAUUGGUAGAAUUCCAAAAUCUCCAAGACCAGCACGAAGAGGCCCACGAGGACGCCCACCACCACAACAACGAGGACCAGGACGAUUUUCCGCUGCGGGAACAUCUACGCCUUCGGAGGGCUCGCAGGGCUGCACGGGUCGCCAGGGAGGCUGGACGACCGCGCCCAGCGAGAGGCAACUGGUGGUCAUUCAGGCCAGCAAGGAGGACAGCUGCAGAAGACUUCCACGAGUCAGGCCAGGAGGACUUGGACCAUAGUGACAGUAUGGAUCACGACGAUGAGCUCAUUGAGGUGGUGUACCAGGGCCCAGUUGCUGCCCCUCCAACUCCCCCGCGCCGACAACAAAGACAUUCCAGGCCGCAGAGACAGCAGCGUCACCACCACCACAACCACCACCAGGGCCGGAACCUGAUGGAAGUCGACCUGGAUCUCGACCUGGACUUGGACAUGGACCAGCAUGUCCCUGUGAUUGAUCUGACAGAAGAGCCCGACAGCCCUGAAUUGCAACGACACCGACCUAUCAACAUCCUCCGCCACAACAGCCACAACCACAACCACGGCCACAACCACAGCCAUAACCACAUUCACAUCUUUGACGACGAGGAGGAGGAGGAAGAAGACGGUGGCAUUGCGCUGUACCAGCCCCCCAGAAACCCACGAAGGCACAUGUCGCAGAAUGGACGCAUGCCAUCCCUCAACCGCAGCGACGGCAGCAUCCUUAAUGGGAAUGCUGCCGUCAUCGACCUCACACUAGAUUCACCAGACGACAACAUCCCCGCCGACCGCCGGUUACCUCCCCCUCAGGCUGCUGCACAACUGAACCAGCCUGCAAACCGCAACCACCGUCGCCUGCCAGCCCCUGCUUCUCCUGCUCCUGCUGCUGCCGGCGCUGCUCCCGCACAUCGAGCCCAGUACCACGACUUUGGCCGUCACCUAAUAGGAUCGAUCCGUGGUCUGCUCCCAGGCCUCCUCGCCCAGGCCGUCAACAAUCCCCGAGAAGCCGGCGACGUCCAGUUUGUUGGAGCCGUGCCCGCCUUUCCAAUGAACCCCAACCCCCUCGCAGGCAACCCGCCCGAGUUCAACUACCAGGCUAACGGCUUUGGUGGCUACGGCGGGCGGCAGCCCACGCCCAAGCCUGACUUCCAGGCCCCACCGCCUUCGAGGCCUGGCUUCACCCGCGACACACGCCCCGACGGAGGCGAAACCGGCGCCGACGAGGAGCUGGUCGUCGUCUGCCCCAGCUGUGACAACGAGCUAAAGUACUCACCCGAUGACGAGGACGACAGCCCACGGCCGGCAAAGAGACCUCGGGGCAAGAAGAGCCAGGAGGAGCACCACUUCUGGGCUGUCAAGAACUGUGGCCAUGUCUACUGCAAGAAUUGCUACGAUAACCGCAAGAAGCACAGCAAGGGCAAGGACUCGGCGGCUGCCAAGACAGGCUUCCGCUUCCAGCCCAGCGAGACAUCCAAGUCGAUCAAGAUCUUUUGCGCCGUGGACGACUGCGAGUCCGAGGUGUCCCCCAACGCUGCCUGGGUCGGCAUCUUCAUGUGA